ACCCCCGCCCGGACUCGGCUCCAGCCCGCCCCGGGGCGGUACCGGCAGCUAAAAUAUCUAUUACUUUGGGGCAAGCACCGUUCGUAUCGUCAGUAAGCGAGGUGCCCUCAAUCAGAAAAUAAAAAUAAAAAUAAAAACCGGGAGGAGGAGAUGGAGGAAGCAGAAGAGGAUGAUAUGACCUGCGGAGACCUGGGAAACGGACUUGGGAGAAAACCUGGAGGUGUUUAUGAAGGAGAAAAUGUCCAAAACUUCUCUCCAUGUAGACCUAGGAAGGGAUCUGGAAAAGUUUGCAGUUCUCUCUGGUCAGCAAAGAAAGGGGAAGAAAGUGAUCCUGCAGCCCUUCCUGGAUCAAAACGAAACAGUUUUUACGAGAGAUCACCCAAAAAGCCUCUUACUUCUUCCACCCGACAGAGCAGCUGCGAAUCUAAUACUGAGGUGUCAAAUGAAGAGCUAAAGCAACAGCUACAGGAGACUCUAGAGGAAGUUGAAAUUUUGAAAGUUGAGCUGGAAGCAUCUCAAAGACAGCUUGAAGGAAAAGAUGAAGCCCUACGAAUUCUGCAGAGCAUGGCAGUAUUUAAUAAAGCCACGAAUCACACAAAAGCAAUGCUCAAAAAAACUGAGGAAGAAAAGAGAACUUUAGAAAAGGAAAUAAAUAUUUUGCAAUGGGAAAUAGAAUUUGAUCAGGAUAGAUUUAAAAACAUAGAAGACAAGUGGACAGAAAAAUACGACAGGAUAUAUUGUGAAAAUACAGCUCUUAAGGAAGCACUGAAACUGAGAACAGAAGAAGUUAAAACUCUGAGAGCUGAAAACACAAUCCUGAAUCAGCAGUGCUUGGAAUUUCUUGCGAUGCUAGAUGUGGAACAACAGAAGAUGUUUCAGGAAAACAUGUCUUUAAAUAAAGGUGACAUUUCAGAUUUCACAGGUCUUGAACUGGCAGUUCUUGGAGCCUGUACCUGCAGUGCUUCUGGGGGGCAGCCUUGUCCCUGUGCUAAAAUGGCAGCAGUAACUCGAAAGCAACUUCUUCAUCUCAAGCAAGAGAUUGAAAAUCUGAAGAAGAGUAAAGAUGAAGCUUAUGUAAUGGCAGAUGCCUUCAGAAUUGCAUUUGAGCAGCAGCUAAUGCAGAGGAAGGACCAAGCCCUGAGGCUUGCAGAAGUGAUAAAGAUGAAGAAGGAAACAAAAUUUAUGAACUGGAGACGGCUGAAAGACAAUGGGCGCCUCAAUUUACAAGGCAGCAAAACCAACCUGGGGCAGAAACUCUCCAGCCUGCUCUCAUCAGAUGGGGACUGCAGGAAGGUUGAAGGGCUGGACAACCCUCACGAAAUCCUGAAGAUAUUAAUAGAUUUGGUAAACGACAAAGAGGAGGCUCUGGCUCAUCAGAGGAAGGUUAGUUACAUGCUAGCUCGUGCCAUGGAGAUGAGAGAGGAUGUUUUGGAACGGGAUAAAGGAAAGGGCACCCUGGGGAGUCGUCCACACGAAGCUCAGGGCCCUGUGCCCGCCUGCUGCCCAAACCUCUGUUCUCAAAAUGGGGCUUCUUCGGUUCGCAGCCCAAACACAGGUGGAAAUCCUGUGAAAAUGCUUCGGAAGUCACAUUCCUGGCCAUCAGAGCCCACGCACGGCGAAGAAAUAAAUCCACGCAGAAAGCCAGACCACACUGUAGUGGUCUCUAUAUAGCCACCCACUGGAAUAAAUUUGUUUUUUAAAGAGAAA